AUGUUCGAGACCACGCUGACCCUGCCGCGAACCAGUGUGCUCACGGAACCGUUGGGCAGCGCCGGCGCCGGACCCGGGCCCUCCACCUCGACGGCUGCCGUGGCCGUCCAGACGAGCAAACGUCGCCGGCGGCGGCGGAACAAACGUCGUCGCAAAUCCUCGCUGUCCAGCAGCACCGAUGCCCCCUCGUCGCGGACCUACGAUCCCGUGAUGACGGGCAGUCAGCUGCGGUCGGCGGCCGUGGCAUCGGUGGGCGGCGGGAGCGUGGGAACGGCGGGACCAGUGCGUCGGGGUCGUCGCAGGAGCGGGGUCAGCUCAUCUUCAUCGGCGGCAGCGGCUGCCGCAGCGGCGGCGGAGGAGGAAGCGGAAGAGGCCGAGGCGGAGGCGGAGGCGGCGCGCCAGGAGGAGGCGGCGGAAAUUUUGAGCGGAAACAGCAGCCCAUCGAUGUUCGUCGACCCGCAGGACUUCUUUGAGACCCUGGACUAAAUCUAGAUUAUUUACAAUUUGUAAUAGGUUAAAUUUUGUUGUUACUUCCGUUCUCAGCACUUUUUUUACCCGCGCCUCUGGCUUCUGUGAGCGCCCAUUUCAAAAACAAUUGCCCUUCUUUUAACUGUUCGAUUUUGCUAGAGAUGCGAUGCGUUUUGCGGCCUUCGGUUUAGCGUGAUUUUUAAUACUUUUAACAGAUAUUUUAUAUAGCCACUGUAAGCAUUAAAGUGUGUAAUAUUAUGAUGUAUAAUUAAACUUGCGAACUGUGCUGCGACACGACCCUUGAAAUGGA